GGUGAUAUACUCCUAAACCUUAAAAGUCGGUGCAUAAUUUUAUCUUUUGCACACGGCACUUCUGAGCAUGCGCUCUUAAUAGGAAGAGAAUAAACAAACACAGGAAAGUUGGAUAAGAUUAUUCUGUAAAUUAUUUCCAUUUAAAACAAGAGAAAGAAAUAUGGCUGCUCCACCACCAUACCCAGGAACUACUGAUCAGAAGGGAGGACCACCACCACCUAACCCAGCUUACCCACAGCAGCCUGGCCCUGCAGGCUAUGGGGCACAGUAUGGACAGCCAGCUCCUUAUCCAGCUCAGCAGUACCAACCAGGUUAUCCUCAGGGAGGAUACCCCCCAGGACCAGGACCCCAACAAGGCGGCUACCCAGCGGGACCAGGCCAGUACCAAGGGGCAUAUCCUUCGGGGCCAUACCCAAAUCAAGGACAAUACCCUAGUCCUGGACCAACCCAAACAGUAAUAGUGACCCAGCCUACCGUGGCUGCAUUUCAGUACCGCGAGACUCCAGUCCAUACACAAUGUCCGCACUGCCAAGCUGAGGUGGUCACAGCAACAAGUUAUGAAACUGGAACUCUUGCAUGGGUUGCCUGUAUUUUGCUGUGUGUAUUUGGUUGCGAUGCAGGCUGUUGUCUUAUUCCAUUCUGUUGUGAUGCUUGCCAGGACGUGAUUCACACCUGUCCCAACUGCAAACAAAUUAUAUACAGAUGGAACAGGAUGUAGUGUGGGUAAAGUGGAAGUUGCUAGACAACAUGUUCUAUCCACAGACAUAAAACUUUCUGUUUUGGAAAUCUUUUAACGUAAACCUUUCAGCAUUUCGUUUUCACUGCUGUUCGGGACCCUUACAGAAGAAAAAGGCCUGCUGCGUACUCUUGCUGUGUACAUACAGCGUAUAUGAUGCGUAUAUGAUGUGUACUGAAAUCAAGGGCUUUAAAUAGUACGCAGGAUAUACACCGCACAUACACCGAUAGUACGUUUGUAGUACACUUUUGACAUGCAAAUGAGCUCUGCCGCGUACUACUUGCUGCGUACAUGCUGUGGACUACAUAGUACACAUCUGUACGCUGGAGGAAUUUAGUAUGCAGGAAAUAGUACGCAGCAUGUACGCGGCACAUACACUUUUCACAUGCAAAUUUAUUUUGAUUAAAAUCCAUCUGAGAACAAUCUAGGACUGGAAUUAUAUAAGCAUUUAUACACUUUUACGUCCGUAAAAAGUAGCGCACCAAAAAAUUUUGGAUUGAUUUUUUCCAAUGGGGCGAGCGCAAUUAGCCAAAAACAUUCUGAAAAUAUACGAGCGGCAAAUCCGAUGAACAACUUUUUAAUUUGGUGAGGCCUUAAUGGGUUAACAUAAUGAGCAUUAAAGCCUUUAUAAAACAUGAUAGAAUGGUGUUUUACUUAAGAGUAUUCAAAUAACAGUGAGAGCUAUUAAUUCUUCUCAUUCGGGCGCUGUUGAGGCAUUAUCUUGGUAAUUAUUUCAUGUAUUACAAAAUGUAAUGCAACGAAGUUCAAAUAAGGCUUUUCAAUUAUCCAAGUUAGAAAGCUCCAGGAUUAAUUCAAAAUGAAAAAGAAUAUAUUUUUACACUGCAUGCAAGGUGCAGCUCAGAAAUCACUAAGAUGUAAGCUUCACAAAUGAACAUUGCAAAUAGUUUGACAAAUUUUCAUUGUUCAGAAUACCGGUAAUCUGAACUAUUCUAUGCUAUUAAGAUAAAAGUUACUCGGAAAUCAAGUUCUUGCUUCCAAAAAAAAAAAAAAAUGUACAAAUCCUUCCUGCAUAAAGUGUACUUCAGACUUUUACCUAAAAAAAUUCAAAGUAUAAACACCAAAAGAAAAUGAACAAGUCCCUCCCGCGUAUAUGAAGUUUACUUCAGACUUUAACUUAUAAAAAAAAAACUAAGUUUAAAUGCCAAAAGAAAUUGUACAAGUCUUUCCCGCGUAUAUGAAGUGUACUGCACAAAUUUCAAAGUGUCUGCGGUGUACAUGCAGUGUACUAUUUUCUUGUACAAGUUCCUCCUGCGUACAUGCAGUGUACUCCUUAAAUUUUCAGAGUCUGUGCUGCGUACUUGAAGUGUACUAGUGACCUCCUGCGUACAUGCUGUGUACUCGUCGAAAUAGUACGCGGCAUGCGGUGUAUGUAAAAUGUACUCCUCUGGCAUACUACUGUGUUCGCGGUAUAUACACAGCAAAUACGCAGCAUGUACGCCACAGAGGCUUGCUUCUGUAAGGGGAUCCACAUUCAUCAGUUUCGAGUCUUAUAUUCAGACUUCCCGUAAGUUUGUGCGAACUGUGAAAUAAUAUAUUUUUUUGUGGGAGAUAGUUUUCCUGGAUUUCAUGGUUGGUUCAACCUAUAAAUUUAAAUCCAAACUAACAAGCAAAGCUUCCAUUCUUUUAUGGUAAUGGGUGGAAGUCCACAAACUUGUAUUGCAACAAAAUAGCCGUUUUGGGCAAAAACAGGAACUUUAAAAAGUUAAAUGAUUUCACAGAGCAUUAUAACUGCUGAAACAACAGAGCUUUAGGGUUUCAGUAGGAGCUGUAUACAUGCAAAGUUUUAUUAAAUUAAAAUGUUACAAUUUUACCGGAAUAUGCCAAGAAAGAAAUUUUAGCAUUUUAAAGUCAUUGAGACUAUUAGUUUUAGACUUAGAAUGUUGGUGAAACUGAAUCUGAAUGGAUUACAGAUAUAGGGGCUGUCUUAUCAAUAUCGUAACUUUACGAGAAACUUGCGAGAUACUUACAAGAAAGAUACGAGAAAUAUUAUUCUCGUAAGUAUCUUGAUAAGACGGGCCCAUAAACCACUAAGUCUUGUCUUAAAGUCUUAAAAAUUUCUUUACAUGUUUGGUCAAAAGAACUAAGUUCUUUCUUUUUUGCCAUUUAAUACCAGAAUCUCAAGACCUACGAUUUACUCAUGAAAAAUAAUUUCAAGGUAAUGUUUAUACCAAAAAGUUCAAGGUUUAAAUUGUUUAUGAUCAUAGCACACAUUUCAUUUCCAACAAAAUUAUGAAUAGAAAAGUACAUUUACUAUAAUACAUGGUAUUUAUAUGAAAAAAGUACCAACAUAGAAAUCCAAAACAGUUUUCAAGAAUGAUUUAUUACCGUAUGCGACAUGAUGGUGAAUAUCAUCAGGUGACGGUUACAAAUUAAUAUCUUGAACUUGCUUAUCUCAAAAUUCUAGCUGUCUUGAAGUUAAAGCCAUUAAAAUUCAAUCAUUAUGUAUAUAUAUUUUCACUCUGUUUAAAUCAAGUUUGACAUACUGAGAUUUCUGUUUUGUUGAAUUGAAACUGAAGUCCUGAGAGUGGAACCUCUCGAUGAGUUCUGGAUGAAAGAUAAUGCAUUGAAAAUAUGAAAAAUAAACACAAAAAAAAACAAGAACCAUGAAAAAAUAUGUUUCAGAUUGCGUAGUACAUGUACUCUCAAAUGUAUAUGUCACGUUUGUUUGUAAAUUGAUCAGGAAAACACCUGUCAGUGAAUUAAGUUCAAUUUUUUAAGUCGAGUUUGGUCAUCUUAAAGGCUUGGUCCAUUGGAAUUCACGAUACAUUCAACUGUAGUAGAAACAACUUAUUUUUUCUCAAUUUAUUGUGCAAUACUACCAAAUCAUCUAGUCAUAUAUUGUAUGUUAUGUAUUUGAGUGUUCAAUAGUUUUAUUACUAAACUAGAUACUAUACUUGUGUAUGUUUAUAGAAGAUUUAUAUGAAUACACCUACAGUAAAAGCACAUAUUUUCGCUGGGUCAAAAUUUCGCAAAUUUGAAAUUUUGGGUAUGUUUGCGAGGUUUAAUAUUCGCGAAAUUUUUAAAAUGAAAUAAACUUAAAUAGAAUAUAGUGGUGGAAAACAAUUUUCAAGGAUUAGUUUUCGUGAGAUGUAGGGCCUCGCGAAUAUAGCGAAAAUUAAACCCUCGUGAAAAUUUCUGCUUUCACAGUAUUCAAUAACAAACUCAUAUUGUUGUCAGUGAUGUCACAGUUUCUGCCAUUUCCAUUUAUCAGAGAUCCUGUAAUGUCACCGGGUGUUCUACCAGAGCCUCGCAAUAGAUCUCGUGUUCCUAAAUUUUUAAAUUUCAAAUGGAAUCUCUGCAGUACUAUAUGUGUUAGACUGAGACUAAAGACACACCUUUGCUAAAGUCCUGACCAAAGAUCAGCUGGCUCAAAAGACCAGUGUUACAUUUACGAUGUAUUUAGAUUAAAGGCUAGCUGCAAUUCAAGACCAGUUUUUGGCUCUUUCAGGCAUGGUUGUUAAUGUCUGGAAUGACGGAAUACCAGAACGUGUUGGGACAUGAAUUGUAAGAUUUAUUCACAUAGUUUAACAGUUUGUCUGUUCAUUUUUGGAGGUCAAUAUUUGUGAAUAUAUCAUUAAACCCAGUCACACCAUUAUGAAACUGACAAUCGUUGUUCAUGUAACCCAAAUAUGAGCUGUUGGUGUUAACUAGGUAUGUAAAUUCCAGUUUAAAAUAUGCUGUGACAUUGAUCUGUAACCCGAUGACCCCCCCCCCCCCCCC